GACAGUAGUGCCACUAUCAAAUGCUGCCGCGUUUACAAGAUGCAUAGAUUCUCCCACAUACUCGAGAGUUUUCUCAGCAAACGCCAAUUCGUAUCUCAAUCUCCCCAAUUCAAGUCUCAGUUUGACCUAAUCCACAGAAGUGUUCACGUCUCCAGAGCUCUCCAAUCCAACUUCCGAAGAAGCAACGGGACUGGCUUAGUCUGUCUCGAGAACAGCCACGAAGAAGACCGCACGAAAACCACCUCCAACAACGACGAGUUCUCGAGCGACGUAGAGAAGGCGUACAGAAUCCUCCGGAGAUUCCACUCCAGAGCUCCGAAACUAGAACUCGCGCUCGACGAAUCCGGCGUCGAGCUCCGCCCCGGGCUGAUCGAACGCGUCCUGAACCGCUGCGGAGACGCCGGGAACCUAGGUUACAGAUUCUUCGUCUGGGCGGCGAAGCGGCCUGGGCACCACUAUUGCCACAGCCGCCAAGUGUACAGAUCGAUGGUGAAAAUCAUAAGCAAGAUGCGGCGGUUCGGAGCCGUUUGGAGUUUGAUCGAGGAGAUGAGGAAGGAGAACCCGCAGCUGAUCGAGCCGGAGCUUUUCGCCGUUCUCGCGAGGAGGUUCGAAGGUUCGGAUAUGGUGAGGAAAGCCGUCGAGGUGCUCGACGAAAUGCGUGAGCCGGACGAGUACGUGUUCGCGUGUUUGCUCGAUGCGUUGUGUGAGAACGGUUGCGUUAAGGACGGUGCGAGGCUUUUCGAGGAUAUGAGGUUGCGGUUUCGGAUGGAUCGUAGGUAUUUCGCGUCGUUGUUGUGUGGUUGGUGUAAGGAAGGGAGGAUGAUGGAAGCUGAGCAUGUUUUGGUUCAGAUGAAGGAAGCUGGGUUUGAGCCGGAGGUUGUUGAUUACGCCAACUUGGUGAGUGGUUAUGCUGGCGCUGGUAAAAUGGCUGAUGCUUAUGAGGUGUUGAAAGAUAUGAGGAGGAGAGGGUUUGAGCCGAGUGCAAGUUGUUACACUGUUUUGAUCCAGGCGUUGUGUAAGGUGGAGAGAAUGGAGGAGGCGAUGAGUGUGUUUGGUGAGAUGGAGAGAUAUGAAUGCGAGGCUGAUACUGUGACUUACACUGAGUUGGUGAGUGGGUUUUGUAAAUCGGGGAAGAUUGUCAAGUGUUACGGUUUGUUAGAUGAUAUGAUAAAGAAAGGGCUCGUGCCGUCCCAGCUUACGUAUAUGCAUCUCAUGGCGGCUCAUGAGAAGAGAGAAAAUCUGGACGAGUGUUUGGAGUUGAUGGAGAAGAUGAAGCAGACAGGGUAUGAUCAUCUCGAUCUUGACGUUUACAAUGUCGUUAUCAGAUUGGCUUGUAAGCUGGGGGAAGUAAAAGAAGCUGUUCGGUUAUGGAACGAAAUGGAAGCAAGCGGUUUGCGUCCCGAAGUAGAUACGUUUGUUAUUAUGAUCAAUGGAUUAAUAACCCGAGGUUGUUUACUCGAAGCCUGCGAACAGUUCAAAGAAAUGGUAACUCGUGGACUGUUCUCCGUGCCUCAGCACGUGACUUUGAAGUCGUUACUGAACUCUGUUUUAAGAGACGGGAAGCUCGAAAUGGCUGAAGAUGUUUGGAGUUGCGUCAGGAGCAAAGGCACAUGCGAGCUGAAUGUAUCGUCGUGGACGAUAUGGAUCCACGCGUUGUUCUCGAAAGGUUAUUUGAAGGAGGCAUGCUCUUAUUGUGUUGAAAUGAUAGAGAUGGACUUUAUGAUGCAACCUGAUACAUUUGCUAAGCUUAUGAAGGGUUUGAAGAAACUGUAUAAUAGGGAAUUCGCGGUGGAGAUUACGGAGAAGGUGAGGAGUAUGGCAGCUGAGAGAGAGAUGAGUUUUAAGAUGUAUAAGAGAAGAGGUGUGGAGGAUUUGAGUGAGAAAGCUAAAGCUAGAAAAGAUAGACAAGGGAAGAAGAAUAAGCGGGGGAGGACUCCGUAA